AUGGGAAUUAACUUAAAAACUGCAUGUAGUCACACCAAGAUAUAUCAACAAGGGGUGAACAAUUUCAUAGCUUUUGCAUUUGAGAAUUCAGCGGUAGGAAGCAAGAUACUAUGCCCUUGCAGAAAGUGUGUUAACUCAUUUUGGAGGGAGGGAAGUGAAGUACGUGAGCAUUCGAUAUGUGAUGGGUUUCUAAAAGGGUAUAGAACAUGGACCUUACAAGGAGAAGUUAGCUCUUCUCUGAAUCAUGGAAACUAUGAUGGUGUUGAACUUAUGGAGGAGACUGACGAAGAUGAUAACAUCUCUGAUUUGCUUAGGGACUUAGCUGCUGGUUUAGAUGAUAAAGGGGAUUUUGAUGACAACAAUUCAGACCUAGAACCCUGUGAGGAGCUAGUUGCCAUUCAGAAGUUAGUAGCAGAGAAUAGCAAAGAGUUAUACCCUGUGAGGAGCUAG